GGGGGACAUAAAAAAAGAAGACAUCUUUGGUUCUAGGUGUCACCGCUCACCACCACCAAGCUGCACCACCAGAUAGGGCGGAGGAGGUCACCGGGGUUUGAAACAAAAUGGAGAAGAAGAAGAAGAACAGAGCAUUUUUGGGUGUCUUAAAGGCCUUAACUUUCUUCAUUUUUUUCUUCAACGGAAGUUGUUUAGUGAGUUGCUUAUCUCCGGAUGGACAAGCCCUUAUUUCUCUUGUUUCAGCUUCUACUAAAUCAUCUGUGCUUUCUUCAUGGAACCCUUCUAGCCGAACACCCUGUUCAUGGCAGGGGAUUACUUGUUCCCCUGAAGAAAGGGUAAUUUCAGUCUCAAUUCCAGACACAUUUCUUAACCUUUCUUCCUUGCCUUCUGAGCUUUCUUCAUUGUCAUCUCUACAGCUUUUGAAUCUUUCUUCCACCAAUAUUUCAGGCGUGAUUCCUCCUUCAUUUGGUUUGUUGUCCCAUCUUCGCCUGUUAGACCUCUCUUCCAACUCUCUUUCAGGCAGUAUUCCUUCUGAAUUAGGCCAGCUAACAUCCCUUCAGUUCCUGUACUUGAACUCCAAUAAAUUGACAGGAAAAAUACCACCCCAGCUUGCUAAUCUCUCCUCUUUGGAAAUCCUCUGUCUCCAAGAUAAUCUCCUUAAUGGGUCAUUGCCUUCACAGUUGGGUUCCUUGUCAUCACUUCAACAGCUUAGAGUAGGGGGAAAUCCAUAUUUGACUGGAGAAAUUCCACCACAGCUGGGGAGUCUUACCAAUCUGACAACAUUUGGGGCUGCUGCCACUGGACUUUCUGGUGUUAUACCACCAACAUUUGGGAACUUGGUAAAUCUUCAGACUUUAGCCCUUUAUAAUACUGAUGUGUUUGGUCCAAUACCUCCUGAACUGGGUUCAUGCUCAGAGCUCAGAAAUGUGUAUUUGCAUAUGAAUAAGCUCUCUGGAUCAAUCCCUUCUGAAUUGGGAAAGUUGCAGAAGGUUACAAGUUUGCUUCUUUGGGGGAAUUCACUCACUGGGCGUAUCCCAGCUGAGCUUUCUAACUGUUCAUCACUUGUGGUGCUGGAUGUUUCUGCAAAUGAACUGUCUGGGGAAAUUCCUGUUGAGUUGGGAAACCUAAUGGUUCUUGAACAGCUUCACUUGUCUGAUAAUGCUCUAACUGGUCAGAUUCCUUGGCAGUUGAGUAACUGUACCAGUUUAACAGCCCUGCAACUGGAUACAAAUCAAUUAUCAGGUCCAAUACCUUGGCAAAUUGGGAAUUUGAAGUACUUACAGAGCUUUUUCUUGUGGGGUAAUUCAGUCUCAGGAACCAUACCGGCAUCUUUUGGGAAUUGUACGGAGUUAUAUGCGCUUGACCUCUCAAAAAAUAAGCUCACUGGAAGAAUCCCUGAAGAGAUUUUCAGUCUGAAGAAGUUAAGCAAACUUUUGCUCCUUGGAAAUGCAUUGACUGGAGGUCUACCUGCUAGUGUGGCAAGGUGCCAGUCCUUGGUGAGAUUAAGGCUUGGAGAAAAUCAGCUUUCAGGUCAGAUUCCUAAGGAGAUUGGACAGUUGCAAAAUCUUGUUUUUCUUGAUUUGUAUAUGAACCAUUUCUCUGGUGGUUUGCCUCCUGAAAUUGCUAACAUUACUGUCCUUGAGCUAUUGGAUCUGCAUAACAAUUAUUUUACUGGAGAUAUACCAUCUCAACUUGGAGAGCUGGUAAACUUGGAGCAACUUGAUCUCAGUAGAAAUAGCUUCUCCGGCGAAAUUCCUCCAAGUUUUGGUAAUCUCAGUUAUCUGAACAAACUUAUUCUGAACAACAAUUUGUUCACUGGGACAAUCCCGAAGUCGAUUAGGAACCUUCAGAAGUUAACCCUCCUUGAUUUGAGCUUCAAUAGCCUCUCUGGUGAAAUCCCUGCAGAAGUUGGUAAUGUAAGAAGUUUGACAAUAAGUUUGGACUUGAGUUCAAAUCGUUUCACAGGCAAACUGCCAGAUACAAUGUCUGGUUUGACGCAGUUACAAUCGCUUGAUCUUUCUCGAAAUAUGCUGUAUGGAGAGAUUACAGUUUUGGGUUCUCUUUCCAGUCUCACUUCCUUGAAUGUUUCUUAUAACAACUUCUCAGGACCUAUACCAGUCUCACCAUUCUUCAAAACUCUGACAUCAAAUUCUUUUCUUGAUAACCCAAACCUUUGUGCAUCUCUUGAUGGAUACUCUUGUUCUUCACGACUGGACGGGGAAAGAAAGUGGAAAUCUGCGAAAACAAUAGCUUUAAUUGUGGUUGUUCUGGCUGUUGUGGGCAUGGCUCUUGUUGCCACAUGGAUUCUUGUUACAAAGAACAAUAAGUAUAUUUCAGGAAAGACCUCAAGCAUGUUAGCUGCCUCCAGGGAUGAGGACUUCUCCUAUCCGUGGAAUUUCAUUCCGUUUCAGAAGCUGAACUUCAGCAUUGACAACAUCCUGGAAUGUUUGAAAGAUGAAAAUAUUCUUGGGAAAGGCUGUUCUGGAGUAGUUUAUAAGGCCGAGAUGCCCAAUGGUGAGAUCAUUGCAGUAAAGAAGCUUUGGAAGACUAAGAAAGACGAAGAUCCAGUAGAUUCCUUUGCCGCUGAAAUUCAAAUUCUUGGUCACAUUAGGCAUAGAAAUAUAGUAAAGCUCCUCGGUUACUGUUCGAAUAAGAGUACUAAGCUUCUGCUUUACAACUACAUUCCAAAUGGAAACCUCCAACAGCUCUUGCAGAAUAACCGGAGCUUAGAGUGGGAAACCAGGUACAAGAUUGCUGUAGGAGCAGCCCAAGGUCUUGCAUAUCUUCAUCAUGACUGCGUACCAGCAAUUCUUCAUAGGGAUGUCAAAUGUAAUAACAUACUCCUGGAUUCUAAAUAUGAGGCGUAUUUGGCAGAUUUUGGGCUUGCAAAGCUAAUGAAUUCUCCAAAUUACCAGCAAGCGAUGUCCAGAAUAGCAGGAUCCUAUGGUUAUAUUGCACCAGAAUAUGGAUACACAGCCAACAUAACUGAGAAGAGUGAUGUUUACAGUUUCGGUGUGGUUCUGCUUGAGAUAUUAAGCGGUCGGAGUGCUAUAGAGCCUCAGGUUGGUGAUGGCAUGCACAUUGUUGACUGGGUAAAGAAGAAGAUGGGAAGCUUUGAACCGGCUGUGACAGUAAUCGAUUCAAAGCUGCAGGGCCUACCAGAUCAAAUGGUGCAAGAAAUGCUUCAGACAUUAGGUAUUGCAAUGUUCUGCGUGAACUCAUCACCGUCAGAGAGGCCGACAAUGAAGGAAGUCGUGGCGCUUCUCAUGGAAGUGAAGAGCACCCCUGAGGAGUGGGGGAAAACAUCACAGCCUCUAAUAAAGCAGUCCUCAACAACCCAAAACUGAUUUGAUUCUUGCAGGCAUUUCUUAGGUUUUCCUUCUUUCUUAGUGAGGUUGUUAGUGAUUGAUCGAUCUUCUUUUGCCCCCCCUCCCAGCUUAGGUUAAAAUCAUGAUUUUGGGGGAUCUCUUGUACAGUUGUUAGGAAUCAUUGUAUGGUUCAUUUGCUUCUAACCCUUGUAAUCUCUAUUCUGUUGAAGCAUCAAACAUCAAAUGAAUCAUAUAGUCUGUUCCCG